CAGUGCCAGGAAGUGUAUUCUACUCAUGUGGAUCUCUGAUAAAGCCCCAACCCUAAAUCAAUGGUUGUGUACUGUGACAAACAUCAUUCCUUUUGAAGCCUUUUCCACGGCCUUGAAGGACAAACCCUUCUCAUUCUACAGGAUUUGGGACUCUUUCUUUGACUACCUGGGACCUGCUAAGGCCCAGAGGAUGAAAUCAGGACUGAUGGAUUUGGCCUGGAGGGGGGCAGGGGAAUAGCAUCACCCAUCAUGUUGAAGAUGCCUAUAUACAGCAUCCCAGAUGCAGAGUUCGCUUUCUAAUACAUGCUCCCUAAAACUCUUGUUUCAUUUAUUUAUCUCUAUCUUUUCUUGUUUGUUAGUCUGUUUGUCUAUCGGUUUGUUAUCUAAUUUUAAUGUUGGUCUCAUUACUUAUUGUUCUUAGCUGCCUAUCUUCACCUUGUGUUGUUUCGAUGCACCAAAUUGCAAGAAAUACCCAUUCUUGCAUAAUGUUGCUUUAAAUCAGGCCUCCAGAGUUUCAUGAAGUUGUUGAUACGAUGAUAGCUCUUGGUGGCAUUAAUGAGAUCCAUGGAGGGUGUAAAUGUCUCAUAAAAUCUUGAUUCAAACUGUUCACUUUCUCAAAUCUGGAGAUGAACCUAAUGCAUUUCCUGGUCAGGUAUCUCUAUAUGAAUGAGAAAAUCACAUACGAAAUCUUCAUAGUGAAACUUCUUUUCUUUAGUUUUUGUAUUCCUCUUCUACAAUCUGCCUGUCAUAUUCAUUAUUGUUUAAUCUGUGACAACAUUAAUGGAUGAUGAAUUAAAUGUAACAUAUUUAACUCUUGAUGGUUAUGUUGAAGUUCAUAAAUACAGAUAUCUUUAUUUUGUGAUUAUGUUAACAGCAUAUAUUCUAAUAAUCUGCAGUAAUUCUACUAUUUUGUAUAUUAUCUGGAUUCACCAAAACCUCCAUGAGCCUAUGUACAUUUUUAUUGCAGCUUUGCUAUUCAACUCUGUUCUUUUUAGCACUUCUAUCUACCCAAAGCUUUUGAUUGACUUUUUAUCUGAAAAACAGAUCAUAUCAUAUUCAGCCUGUCUCUUUCAAGCCUUUUUUUAUUACUCUUUAGGUAGUUCAGAGUUCUUUUUAUUGGCAGCAAUGUCCUAUGACAGGUAUGUGUCUAUAUGUAAACCUCUGCAAUAUCCAACUAUCAUGAGAAAAACAACUGUCAGUAUUUUGCUGGUUUUAGCUUGGCUUGUGCCUGCUUGUGAGAUUGCGGUGGCAAUUGUACUAAAUGUUAACAACACACUCUGUAGCUUUACUUUGAAAGGUAUUUACUGUAACAAUUCAGCUAACUAUCUUUACUGUGUAAGUUCAAGAGCACUAUCUAUAUAUGGUGUAGUUGUUCUGCUUAAUAUUACACUUUUCCCUAUGCUCUUCAUCCUGUUUACAUACACAAAGAUACUUGUAAUAUCCUAUCGAAGUUGUGGAGAAGUCAGGAAAAAAGCUGCACAGACCUGUUUACCACAUCUGUUGGUUUUAAUCAGCUAUUCGUUUUUGAUGACAUAUGACAUUAUUAUAGUUCGACUGGACUCUGAUUUUCCAAAAACUGUACGUUUUGUAAUGACUUUGCAGAUGAUAAUGUAUAAUCCUCUCUUUAAUCCAGUCAUAUAUGGACUAAAGGUGAAAGAAAUUUCUAAACACGUCAAUAACCUGUUCCGUCAGGCCAAAGUGAACUAAUGUAUCACCACUAAUGUACUCAUUUACAAUCUUUUUUGUGUAAUUAUAAUCAGAGAGAGAGAUUUGAGGUGAUCUGGUGCAUGAUGGAAGGUAUUUAAUGUAAGGAUUUAUUUUGUAUGACUAAAGAACAACGUAACUACUCGUACAGUUGCUACAGAUAUUUAAAUAUUCAACGCAACAUUUUUAUACUGUAUGGUAAUGACGCUUUUUUGCAAAAAACAAGCCCUACUACCGGUAAAAACUUUAUUAUUAGUGUGAAUAAGUUCACUUGAAAUGACAGCCAUGAACAAGAGUCCUUUUCUUUUCUUUUUUGGCGUUCAGUUCAAAUAGUACAAAAAUUGGGCUUGUCUGCAUAUCAGUGAGAGAAUAUAAAUGAAUGAUAAAGAAUUUAAUUAGAAUACUGUCUGAGUUUACUUUUAAAUGGAAACACUGUUUCCUUGUAAAAUCAAUGUGUUAUAAUUAAAUUUAUGUUUGCUGUUGUA